UGUAUUCAUACAAGGCACUAGGAGUUCUCCCUUCCUUUUCGUUCUUCCUGCUGCUUCUUCCUGCGAACACAGACCGAACCGAGCUCGACCCAGACUACUUCGCCGGCCAAAUCCAAACACCUCCGACCGUCCCCUUCAAAUCGCUGCCAUCCACGCCUUCCUCACCUCCCAAGAUCCACCCUCCACUACUCCUAGGCGUCGGGCAUGGUCCCUUCGGCCGGGGAUUGAGGUUCCCCGACCCGCCAUUGCCGAUGCCGCCCGAAGCUCCGCCUCGCCGGUGAACUCCACCCUCCGGCCAUCUCCUUCCCCAAGCGACCAUCAAAACGGAAUCCUGGUGAGACGCUAGUGCCCACGCCCUCGCUCCCUCCCUCUCUCCGCUGCUGUGGUCGCCGGAAUCGGCGCGCCGCCGGUCCGCCGUGCCACCGCUGGCAAAAUAAAUCGCGGGAAACUAAUGGCGCGCAGGAAAGGAUGAGCGCUCGAGGGGCGAUUGGGGAAGCGCUAGCUCGCGCAAAUAUGCGGGAGAACGGAGGCCGGAUGCGGGUUGCCGUAUUUUUUCGGCGACGAUGGGGGAGUUGUUGGAGCGUGGGAUUUCUCCUUUUCUCCCUAAAUCUGAUUUUCGCGUUGUUUUAAGGGGGCUCUUGGAGUUGCUCUAACAACAACAGCGAUAGUAAUGCCAUUCCCCGUGCGCCUCACGCCGCCGUCUACCGGCGCCGCCGCGGCCGCAGCCGCCGUCGGGGCCGUGCUCGCCGCCGUCGCGCUCCGCCGCUACCUAUCCACUUCCCGCCCUCGGCCAUCCGCCUCGGUGACCAUGUCCGCGCUCAGCAGCUGCAGCAGCACCGCCGGAGCCGCCACCACGCUCGUGGCGUACGGCAGGUCGCCGCAGGACCAGGAGCUCCUGGCCUCCGCGGCCGGUUCCGUCGCCCUGGGGGAGGGCGUGUCGGCCGGGGAGUUCGCCGUCGCGCUGUCCUAUGAGGGCGCGGGGUUCGACGCGGGCGCGUACAUGGGGGCGCUCCGGGCGCGGCGGUUCGGGAGGUGGAUGCUCUGGUCACCGAGGAUUGGCUCCACGCAGGACCUCAUCGCACAGAACUUCGCAAAGCUGCCGGUGGGCGUUGUCUGCGUUGCUGACGUGCAGUUCAAAGGGAGAGGACGUUCGAAGAAUGUGUGGGAAUCACCACCAGGUUGUCUCAUGUUCUCUUUCACAUCACAGAUGCAGGAUGCACGGAAGUUGCCCCUUAUGCAAUAUGUUGUCUGCCUUUCUAUGACCGAAGCCAUCAAGGAACUAUGCCGUGCUAAGGGACUGCCAGAACUUGAUGUAAGGAUAAAGUGGCCUAAUGAUCUCUAUCUGAAAGGAUUAAAAGUUGGCGGCAUUCUAUGUACCUCGUCUUAUGAACCAAAAGUCUACAAUAUCUGUACUGGUAUUGGUUUAAAUGUUGACAAUGAGAAGCCUACCACAUGCUUGAAUGCUGCACUUCAAGAAGCAAAUGUUAUAUCACCCAGAUUGAAACGAGAAGACAUACUGGCAUACUUCUUCAAUAAAUUCGAAAAUCUUUUUGAGGUCUUCUCGAAUCAAGGAUUUCAGGCUCUUGAGGAGCAAUACUAUAACUCAUGGCUCCAUAGUGGCCAGAGAGUUGUCGUCCAAGAUGCACAUGAAGGCCAGUCUGUAGACAGUGUCGUCACUAUCCAGGGUUUAACACCAACUGGGUACUUGUAUGCUAUUGGUGAGGAUGGCAAAAACUAUGAGUUGCACCCAGAUGGCAACAGCUUUGAUUUCUUUACUGGAUUGGUGAGGAGAAAGAUGGAAGCUUAGGGCACCAAUACAAUACAUAGAUAGGUUCAACAAAUUUGUACAAGUGAUAGAUGUUUAAGAAUGGAAUGAGAACAUGUAAGCAUCAGCGCUGCCACCUGCAUCCCUUUGUGUGCUUCAAAGCUUGUUCUUUGAAGAAAUAGAAGAAAUAUUGUUGUGGAAGUUCUGCACAGCUGCUUUGAGAUCCUCUCAAGCAUUAAGAAUUGCUCCAGCCUUCCACUUCAGCCUCCGAGGGCUCUCCAGACGCAAAUAAGGAAGGGAGCAACCAGGACUAAACUAUGGGCAUGAGUUCAGACGUCAGGAGGGUAAAGCCGCAAUAGCUGAAGACCCUUGAAUAAACCAUAGCAAGAAAACUAUGAAGCGCCUCUGCUCUGCUGCUGGAACUUCUUCGACAGUGUUAAGCCUGGUGUAUAUGCAUCGGGUUCUGUAACUUAAACAUUGCAAUAGUUCUUUGUUCUUAGUGAAUUGAGUUGCAGAGCUGUAAAGAUUUAUAGUGGUUAUUCUAGUGACUUGUGUUGGAAACUGUACUUGCAUGGAAGCUUAACUUGUUUUGACUUUAAAUCAUAUGAAAGGAGAUCACAUCUUUAUAUUCA